AUAAAAGGGGAAUGUUAAGAACAUAACCUGUGAAUUGCUGUAUCUUGUUUGAGCAGAAGAUCAUGACUAAUACCAAACUAGCGUUUUGAAACAUUCAGCGCUCUCCAUAUAUUUUGAAUCAAUCACUUGUUUUGUUCGUCCUGUUUCUAGAUAACGUUAGCUAAUGUUGGCGAUCUGAAGUUUAAAUUGAGACUUAAUAAAGCCCCCGUUGGCCAGUGCUUGAAUGGCCUCAGAUGGGAAAAUGGAGCUGGAUAUGCUCAAACUGGACCAGGCUGUGGUGGGAGAAAGUGUUGUUGCCCCUGUGAAAGAGUCAAAGCCAGUCAUAAACCAACAACCAUAUCAACAUGACAGCCUCCAGUGUUUUCAGUGCUUCAUCACUUUCUGCAACUCGAAGGCCAAGGAGAGACACAUGAGGAAGAGUCACAGAGAGGAGUACAAACAGCAGCUCCAGCAGACGGACACUCUCUUCACCUGCUACGUGUGUGAUCGCACCUUCCCUUCCUCAGAGGAGCUGACGCAGCACCAAGCCACCCACAGCACAGAGGACAAGCCCUUUCGCUGUCCACACUGUCAGGGUAGCUUUGCCACCUUUUCGGAGCUUACAGAUCACCGCCGCAACCUGUGCUCUGAGCGUCAUUGCGUUUGCAAGGACUGUGGUAUGCUGUUCCGCGGCCCAGCUAAACUACGCACGCAUCGCCUGACUCAACACCCGGCCCCGGACGCACCUCCACCUGACGACGGCUUCACCCACCGCUGCCCCAAGUGCCAGCAAGGCUUCGAGACAGAGGCCGAGCUUUUGCAGCACCAGGAGCUACACGCAGGCGACGAGUACUGCAACGGCAAGGCCCCACCGCGCAAGCGUGGCAGACCCGCAAAGCUGCAGACGACGACUCCUGAGGCAGAAAACGGAGAGAAGAUGGAGGUGGAGGAGGCAACAGCAUCAGUACCGACAACGGAAGCUGGAGAGAAUUCAGAAGAGGCAAAGACUGCCAAACGUCGUGGGCGUCCUCCGAAGCAGCAGCAGCCAAAGCAGGAGUCAAAGAUCCCCUGCCCCGUGGGAGAGUGCAAGACGGUGUGCACCAGUCUGGCGCAACUCCGCGUCCACAAGAAGGAAGCCCACCCGCCACCGCCCCCGCCACGGAAGGCCCACGCCUGCACCGAGUGCGAGGAGAGCUAUGGCCGGGCAGAGCAACUGCAAGCGCACAUGAAACGCGCCCAUGGGUCCAACCGGCACACCUGCCCCACCUGCGGCAAAAGUUUCGGUCGCGAGAGCAACCUGAAGGCUCAUCAGAAGAGCCACAGUGAGGGCGAAGGGGCAGACGAAGACAAAGGGUAGAUGGCAAGUCAGAAAUGGACAAUGGUCGGGGUUUAUGGGUAUUACUAUAGAGGGAAAUGGGAGUGGAUGUAGGGAUUGAAUAGAAGAGGACUGGACUCAGACUGGAGGAAAUAAGAGAGUUGUCGUUAACCCCGACUUGGAGCAGAAGUCUGAAUAGGUUCUCGAAGUCUGAAUAGGUUCUAGAAGUCAUUUUAAACUUGUUUUAAUGAUGUCUAAUAAUUGAGUUAUUGUAAAUAUAAGCAUCAUAUACAACAUUUGUACAUACAAAUAUCAAUUGUUGUUGAAAUGAAAUCACAGCCUUCAUUAUUUUGCUACUUUAUUUUGUAUAUACUAAGUCCAUUUUGCUGAUUUAGUGUGGUUUGGUAUGUGUCAAAUAUAGUUAUUAGAAGUUUGGUUUGCCUUUAAAUGGGAGUUGAACAGGAGGUUUUUUGUGGUGCUUCAGAUUAUGCAUGGGGUGUGUUCAGAGCUCAUCUGAGUUUCCCUUCAUAAUAGUAUGUCUAUGUAGAGGAAUGAACAUUUUCAAACUGAGGUCACUUAUAGUUUUUGUUUUUUACAUUCUAAAUGGAAAACAGGUGGUUUGGCUUUCGGAUAACACAUCAUGACACAUCGUGUGGAUAAAUGUCAAUUUCUGUCCAGAAACUCAUGUACUGAAAUUAAAAUUCGUAUCUCAACUUCA